GGCCGGGAGCCCUUUGGCUCUGGUUUGCGCGGCCCGCGGCCCGCCCCGGAGGGCGGAGGCAGGGCUUCGCGGAAGGUCAUUGGCGCCCCUGCUCCGGGGCGGCCUGACGCUCACCGCGUGCCCGACGCGCUCUCUCUUCGCCCGCAGUCCCGAGGCUCGGCCCCGCAGCCGCCGCUCCGAGCUCAGUCGCGAGGAAGCCAUGGCGAUGUCCAGGGGCCGUCUGUACCUUUGGAUGUGCUUGGCUGCGGCCGUGGCCUCCUUCCUGGGGGGAUUCAUGGGUGGUUUAUUAAACCUCUCAAAGAAACAGCCACUUCACUGCGCAAUCACCAAGGUCUACGGUGGAAACUGGUAUCCGAGAUGAAAGCCGAAAAUAUUAAGUCAUUUCUUCGUUCUUUUACAAAGCUCCCUCAUCUGGCAGGAACAGAACAAAAUCUACUUCUUGCCAAGAAAAUCCAAGCCCAGUGGAAAAAAUUUGGACUGGAUUCAGCCAAGCUGGUUCAUUAUGAUGUUCUCCUGUCUUACCCUAAUGAGACAAAUGCCAACUAUAUAUCAGUCAUGGAUAAACAUGGAAUUGAGGUUUUCAAAACAUCAUACUUUGAGGCACCACCAGAGGGAUAUGAGAAUGUUACAAAUAUUGUACCCCCAUAUAAUGCUUUCUCAGCCCAAGGCACGCCAGAGGGAGAGCUUAUUUAUGUAAACUAUGCUCGGACUCAGGAUUUUUUCAAAUUAGAAAGAGAGAUGAACAUCAACUGCACUGGAAAGAUUGUUAUUGCACGAUAUGGAAAAAUCUUCAGAGGAAAUAAAGUUAAAAAUGCCAUGUCAGCUGGCGCCAUAGGCAUCAUCUUGUACUCAGAUCCAGCUGACUACUUUGCCCCUGAGGUGCAGCCAUAUCCCAAAGGAUGGAACCUUCCUGGCACUGCAGCCCAGAGAGGGAAUGUAUUAAAUUUGAAUGGUGCUGGUGACCCACUCACUCCAGGCUAUCCAGCUAAAGAGUACACCUUUAGACUUGAUGUUGAAGAAGGCGUGGGAAUUCCUAAAAUCCCUGUACAUCCCAUUGGAUAUAAUGAUGCGGAAAUAUUAUUACGGCAUAUGGGAGGAAUUGCUCCGCCAGAUGAGAGCUGGAAGGGGGGCCUUAAUGUGGAUUACAAUAUCGGGCCUGGCUUUAUAGGGCAUGUCAGGAAGGUUAGAAUGCAUGUUUAUAACACCAAUAAAAUUACAAGGAUUUACAAUGUAAUUGGAACUAUCAGAGGAUCUGUGGAACCUGACAGGUAUGUUAUUCUGGGAGGUCACCGGGACUCCUGGGUGUUCGGAGCUAUUGACCCAACUAGUGGGACCGCUGUUUUGCAAGAAAUUGUCCAGAGUUUUGGAAAACUAAUGAGUAGAGGCUGGAGACCUAGAAGAACUAUCAUUUUUGCCAGCUGGGAUGCAGAAGAAUUUGGACUUCUGGGUUCCACAGAAUGGGCUGAGGAGAACACAAAAAUACUCCAGGAGAGAAGCAUUGCUUAUGUAAACUCAGAUUCAGCUAUAGAAGGCAAUUACACUCUCAGAGUUGACUGUACACCCCUUCUUUACCAACUGGUGUAUAAACUGACAAAAGAGAUCUCCAGUCCUGAUGACGGUUUUGAGAGCAAAUCUCUUUAUGAAAGCUGGUUGGAAAAGGACCCUUCACCUGAAAAUAAAAAUUUUCCCAGAAUCAGCAAGCUAGGAUCUGGAAGUGAUUUUGAAGCUUAUUUUCAGAGGCUUGGUAUUGCUUCAGGCAGAGCCCGUUACACCAAGAACAGGAAAACAGAUAAGUACAGCAGCUACCCGGUAUACCAUACGAUUUACGAGACAUUUGAAUUAGUCGAGAAUUUUUAUGACCCUACAUUUAAAAAACACCUUUCUGUGGCACAAUUACGAGGAGCGCUGGUUUAUGAACUUGCAGACUCUAAAAUCAUUCCUUUCAAUAUUCAAGAUUAUGCAAAAGCUUUGAAAAUCUAUGCAGCAAGUAUCUACAAUUUAUCCAAGAAACAUGACCAACAAUUAAGAGACCAUGGAGUAUCAUUUGAUUCCUUAUUUUCCGCUGUGAAAAACUUCUCAGUGGCUGCUUCAGAUUUUCAUAGAAGACUUACACAAGUUGAUCUUAAUAGUCCCAUUGCAGUGAGAAUCAUGAAUGACCAACUCAUGCUCCUGGAAAGGGCAUUCACCGAUCCGCUGGGUUUACCAGGGAGGCAGUUCUACAGGCAUAUCAUCUUUGCUCCAAGCAGCCACAAUAAAUAUGCUGGAGAAUCAUUUCCUGGGAUCUACGAUGCUAUGUUUGACAUUGGCAAUAAAGCAGACCCUCAUUCAGCCUGGGAAGAAGUAAGGAAACACAUUUCUGUUGCAGCCUUUACAAUUCAAGCAGCAGCAGGGACCCUGAAAGAAGUGUUUUAAGGUCUCAGAUGAGUGGCUAAUCAUUAAAAGUAUUACUGAGAGGCUGAGGAUAAAAUCCAUAUUUGUGUUUGAUAACUCAUGAAGCCAAAGUAUCUAAAAUCCUGCUUUUCAUGUCAAGUUUUUAUUUUAGACUUCUACCUUGUUCAUCUGCAGAGGUUUUUUUACUCUAAAAAUUCAAAAUUCAUCACCAAAGUGUUCUAAUAAAAAAACUCCAAUUAUGCAGCACAAAGAGAUAAAGUAACUGAAAAUUAACCUAAAAUAAAAUAUGGUAAGGAACUUGAACUCUCAGACACUGCUGGUAAGAAUGCAAAAUGGUAGAGCCUAUUUGGAAGACACUUUGGUAGUUUCUUGUAAAGCUAAACAUAUACUAACUUUAUGACUCAAAAUUCCUAAAGCGAAACAAAAAGUAAUCAGAGAAGGACUGUACCAGUCAUGUUCACAGCAGCUUAAAGUGGAAACAACCCAAAUGUCUAUAAAUGGAUGAAUGGAUAAAUUGUGGUAUGUCCACAAUAUACUACUACUCAGCAAUAAAAAUGAAGUAACUCUCUCUCUCAGCACUCCUAUUCAACACCACAGUACUAGAAGUCCUAGCCAGAGCAACCAGGAAGGAAAAAGAAAAGAUAUCAGAACUGGAAAGGAGGAAGUCAUAUUGUCUCUGUGUCCAGAUAACAUGGUUUUUUAUAUAGAAAAUUAGAGACUCAACUAUGAAAACUGUUAGAACUAAUCAAUGAAUUGAGUAAAGUCAAAGGAUACAAAAUUAACAUUCAAAAAUCCAUCCAUAGUGUUUUUAUACAUUAACAGUGAAUUUUCUGAGAAAUGACUGAUCCCAUUUAUAAUAGCAUUGCAAAUAAUGAAAUACUUCUUAGGAAAAAAUUUAAGGAAGUGAAAGAUCUCUACUCUCAAAAAUACAGGAAAUUAAUAAAGGAAAUUGAAGAUGACAAAUAGAAAGGUAUCCUGUGUUCAUGGACCGGAAAAAAUGUUAACAUCAAAAAAUACCAAUAGAUUCAAUGCAAUCCCUAUCAAGAGUCUAAUGACAUUUUCUUCAGUAGAAAAAACACUCCUAAAAUUUAUAUGGAACCACAAGACUCCAAAUAGCCAAAUAAAUCCUGAGAAAGAACAGAGGAGGCAUCACACUUCCUGAUUUGUUAGGUUGCCUCUAACUCAUAUCAUUUCUGAAGGUGACAAAAUACAAAAGUUCAUUAAUCUAUCUUACGUUUCUUCCUGGUGGUAGCUAACCUGAAGACAGACAAGGGUUGUUAAAACAGCAUGUGUGGCUGGAAAUAUGGGUUUGAUGGAAAAACCUUUGCAACUCAUUGUUUUAAUUUUUAAUUAUUUUGUUUUUGUCAUAUUUAAUCACCAUCUGGCCAUUAGAACAAGCAAUUAUGUGGCAUGCAUGGUGAUCAAUCAGGGACAUAGAUUAAAUGAUGUGCUACCACAUGCUGAACACACAGAAUAUGUAUUAAACUUUAAAACUUUGCUCCCUAGAAUUAUUUUAUGUUCUUUGUAAGCCACCUGGUAAUCACAAGCAAUCUAGAGUUGAGUCCAUGAAAUAUAGAGACUAAGCAAAUCACCAUGGUGGAAACCAUCACUUUACAAAGGUAUACAGAAACAGGGAAAAAGAAGCAAAGGAAAUACAAACAACCAGACGGCAAAUGGUUAAGAGGGCAGUAGUAAGCUGUUACCUAUCAAGAAUCAUUCAAAAUACAAACAGUUGAAUUUACCAAUCAAAAUGCAGACAGGCUGGAUGAUUAAAAAAAAAGAUACAGCUACACAAUGCCAACAGCAAACAUCAGUUCUAGAGACACACACAGGCUCAAAGGGAAGGAAUGGAAGAGGGUAUUCCAUACAAGUGGAAACAACAAAGAAACCAGGCAUAGCCAUACUCACAUCAGACUAAAUAGCCUUCAAGCCAAAAAUCAUAAUGAUAGACAAAGGGCCAAGAAGAUAUAAGUCAUAAAUAUAAAUGGACUCAUCAUUGGAGCACCAUAAUAUAUUAAGCAAAUACUAACACAUUUAAAGGGAGAAAUAAGCAGCAAUAUAUUAAUAGCAGGGACUUCAAUAUCUCACUGUCAUCAAUGGAUAAAUCAUCCAGAUAGAAAACAAGAAAACAAAACACUGCAAUUAAACCAUAGUCUAGAACAAAUGGACUUACUAACAAAUGUAAAUAGAACAUUCCAUCCAAGAGCAGCAAAAUAAGCAUUCUUGAGUGCAUGUGCAACACUUAAAGGGUAGACCAUGAUAGGUCACAAAACAGAUUUCAGCACUUUUAAGAUCGAAAUCAUAACUUUUUUCUGAAUAUAAUAUAAAACUAAAAACAGUUGAAAAAUUACAAAUAUGUGGAAAUACAUUUAUGAACGGGUCAAACAAAAUUCAAAAGGGAAAUGAAAAAUCUUAAGUGAAAAUGGAAACAUGGCAUAUCAAAUUUUAUGAGAUGCAGAAGCUGUUCUGAAAAUUUAGUGACAAAUUUAGAAAUCAGAUCUCAAAUAAACAACCGAAGUUUACACUUCAAGGAACUAGAGAAAAAACAAAUUAAGUCCAUAACUAGCAGAAGGAAGGAAAUUAUAAUAAAGAUCAGAGCAGAAAUAAAUGAAAUAGUGACCAGAAAAUAGAGAGGUCAAUGAAACUAACAGAUCAACAAAACUGAUAGCCAGGCUAAGAAUAAAAGAGUUCUCAAAAUUAGAAAUGAAAAUGUAGGCACUACAACUGAUACUACAGGAACACACAGGAUCAUACGACACUAUUAUGAACAAUUAUGCCAACAAAUUAGACAUCCUAGAAGAAAUAGAUAAAUCUCUAGAAAUACAACCUACCAAGACAGAAUAAAGCAAUAGAAAAUCUCAACAGAAAUAAUAAUGAGCAAAGAGGCUGAAUCAGUAAUCAAGACUUCUAACUCAAAACCACAGGACCAGAUGGUUUCACUGGUAGAUUCUAUCAAACUUUCAAAGAAUUAACACCAGUCCAUCUCAAGCUCUUCCAAAAAAUUGAGGAGGGAAUACAUCCAAACUCAUUAAAGACAUCAUUAGAAAACUCUAGACCAAUACUCCUGAUGAAUAUAGGUACAAAAAUUCCCAACAAAAUUGGCAAACCAAAUUCAAGAACAUAUAAAAAAGAUUAUGCACCAUGAAUGAAUGGGAUUUACCCCUGGGACACAAGGAUGGCUCAACAUAUGCAAGUCAAUAAAUGUAAUACAUUACAUUAAAAAAUAUAAAAAGCACAUAAUCAUCUCAAUAGAUGCAGAAAAAAAACAUUGACAAAAUACAAAAGCCUUUCAUGAUAAACCCUCAGUAGACUGGUUAUAGAAGGAAUAUAUCUCAACACAGGCCAUCUAUGUAUGACAAACCUUACAUACUACUCAAUGGAGAAAAACUGAAAGCUUUUCCUCUAUCAGGAAGAAGACAAGGAUGCUCACUUUCAUUGUUCAAUAUAAUACUGUAAGUACUAGGCACAGCAAUUAGGCAAGACAAAGAAAAAUGGCACUGAUUUGGAAAGGGAGAAGUAAAACUUAACUAUUUGCAGAAAUGAUUUUCUAUGUUAAGAACUGCAAAACAAAAAACCAUUGGAAAUAACUCAUGAUUUCAGUGAAGUUGCAGGAUACAAAAACACAGAAAUCAGUUACAUUUCUAUACACUAAAGAUGAAACAUCUGAAAAAGAAAGAAAACUAUCCCACUCACAAUAGAAUUAUACAUACAAAAAACACUUAGGAAUAAAUUUAACAAAGGAAGUGAAAGAUCUGGCCAAUGAAAACUGUUAAGACUUUGCUCAAAAAAACCAAAAACACAAAUGGAAAGAGAUCUUGUGUUCCAGGAUCAGGAGAAUUAAUACUGUUAAAAUGUCCAUACUACACAAUGCUAUCUACAGAUUCAAUGCCAUCACUAUCAAAAUACUAAUGGAAUUUUUCACAGAAACAGAAAAACAAUCCUAAAAUUUGUAUGGAGCCACAAAAGACCUGCAGUAGCUAAAGCAAUCCUGAGGAAAAAGAACAAAACUGGAGGUAUUACACUUCCUCAUUUCAAACUAUACUAUGAAGCUGCAGUAAUAAAAACUGCAUGUACUAGCACAAAAACACACAUAUACACAAGUGGAAUGAAAGAGAGAGCCCAGAAUUAACCCCCUGCUUAUAUGGUCAACUAAUAUUUAACAAGGAAGCCAAGAACACUCAACGGAAAAGUCUCUUCAAUAAAUGGUCCUGGGGAACUGAUAUAACACAAGCAGAGCAAUGAAAUUGGACUCAUAUCUUCACCACCCACAAAAAUUAACUCAAAAUGCAUCAAAGAUUUAAACAUAAGAACUGAUACUAUAAAACUCUUAGAGAAAAUGUAGGAAGAAGCUCCUUGACAAGGAACUGGUCUGGGCUUGAUUUUUUGGGUGUGACACCAAAGUACAAACAACAAAAGCAAAGAUCAACAAAGGAUACUAUAUCAAACUUAAAAACUUUGGCAUAGCAAAAGCAACAACAAAAUUAAAAUUCAACAGGAUGGGAGGAAAUUUUUGCUAACAAUGAAUAGGGGUUAAUAUCCAGAAUACUUCAACUCAUACAACUCAGUAACAAAACAUUUUAAAAUGAGCCGAAGAACUAGACAUUUUCCAAAAAAACACACAAAAAAACGAAACAGCAAAUGGCUAAGAGGUACAUUAUAAGAUGCUCAAUAUCACUAAUCAUCAGGGAAAUGAAGAUGAAAAUCACAAUGAGAAAUCACCUCAAACAUUUUAGAAUGGCUAGCAAAAAGACGAAUGAUAGUGCGUGCUAGUAAGGAUGUGGAGAAAAGAGAACUCUUGUGCACUGUUGGGAAUGUAAAUUGGUGCAGCCACUAUGGAAACAGUCAGUAUGGAGGUUCCUGAGAAAUUAAAAAUGGAACUACCAUAUAUCAUCCAUUAAUUUCAUUUCGGGGUAUUUAUCCAAAGAAACCAAAAACACUAACUGGACAAGAUAUUUGCACCUCCAUAUCCAUUGCAGCAUUAUUUACAAUAACCAAGAUACAGAAACAACUUGUGUUCAUUGUUAGAUGAACUUAUAAAGAUAGGGUGGUACAUACAAAUAAUGGAGAAUAUUCAGCCAUGAGAAAGAACAUCCUGCACCAUUAAUGACAUGUAUGGACCUUGAGCACAUUACACUAAGUGAGGUAAGUCAAGGACACAUACUAUAUUAUCACUUAAUAUGUGUAAUUUUACAAAGCCAUGCUUGUAGAAACAGAGUAAAAUGGUGGUUAAACAAGGAGGGGGGUUUUGGGGAUAAGACAUAUACAGAUUUAUAAGUAGUAGUUAAUAAGCUCUAGAAAUAUAAUGCACUUCACAGUGAAUAUAGAUAACAAUAUUGUAUUAUAAUCAUCAAACUUGCUAAGAGACUAAAUUAUUACAACCACCAAAAAGGUUAUGUGAUGUAAGAGUGGUGCUAAUUAUUGCUACAAUGGCAAUCAGUAUAUAUCAAAUUAACAUGUACAUUUUAAAUUUACUUUUAUGUCAUAUAUGUGUAUAUACACAUAUGAACAUAUAAGACACUUCUAGAAGAGGGAUGGUGCCUAGUUUAAGAGGACUUAGCACCCAGCAUGGCACCUCAAGUGCUCAUUACAUUUCACUAACAAACAUAGAUCAUACAAUAGACUCCCCAUGUACCUAUGACUCCAAGAUAAAAAAAAAAAAAAUCCAAUAGUAUCCCUCAAAAAACUAGGCUUUUAUUCUCUAAGCAUUUGAGAUCAGUUGAAUUAAACUGUUAAUCAUUGUUCCCCUUUCAUUCCAUUCUUUGGUCCACAUCCUGAGCAACAUAUUCUUUUUCAUUAGGGAAAUAAUAAAAAUAUUUGCUAGUCACUGUAUACUGCCUGUUUUAUUACCGGCUUUUACAAUCAUAUUCAAAUAAGCCAUAAAAGUUCCUAUUGUAAUGCAGUAAUUUAGUCCUUUGUAGUAAAAAAAAUUAUGUGAAAUGUAAUUUAAGUGUAAUACUUUAAUCCAGAAAUAAAAAUUUUUCUAGAAAAACUUGGCAACCAAGUGCCAAUAAAUGUGAAAAGUGUUUACUGCAACAUUUUUUACCAUAGUAAAAAAGUAACAAAUUACUCAUUAAUGAUGGAUUAAUUUAUAAUUUAAUAAUAAAGGAUCACAAAAUUGAUACAAGCAUUUUUCAUGUUUAUGGUAAAGUCUGAGUUACUGUUGAGUUGGAAAAAAUGGUGAUAAAACUGAUGAAGGUACAUAUAUAACGCAGUGUCAACAAGUGCUUACAUUGGGGUGGUGGACUUUUAUUCUUUGUGUUUUUCUGUAUUGCUUCAAUUUCUUACAUCACCAUAUACACCUUUUAUAAUAAAAACUACAGUAAGGCUGUUUGGAUUUUGAACAGAAAAGGCACACAAAGUUAUGGGAUGAAAUAAAGUUCACAAAUA